UGCAAACUAGUCAAUAAUUAUAAUAAACCAAGAUGGCGCUCAAGACAUUCGUUGCAGAAAAAAUAAAGAAUGAUGUGAUCUUGCAGCUGAAGAAGAAUGAGAGUGACUGGCGGGUGCUCAUUGUUGACCACAGCAGCAUGAGGAUGCUCUCCGCCUGCUGCAAGAUGCACGAGAUUAUGUCUGAGGGCAUCACACUGGUUGAAGAUAUUUCCAAACGCAGAGAGCCACUUCCACUUGAGGCUGUAUAUCUGAUUACACCAACCGAAAAGUCAAUUCGAGGUCUCAUACAAGAUUUCUAUAACCCAAAUAAUCCAUUAUAUCGAUGUGCUCAUGUGUUCUUUACUGAAGCUUGCCCUGAUGAAUUGUUCAAUGAACUGUGUAAAUCAAGCUGUGGCAAGUUCAUCAAGACUUUGAAAGAAAUCAACAUUGCAUUUCUUCCAUAUGAAUCCCAGGUGUUCUCAUUAGACUCUCCAGAGACGUUUCAGUUCUAUUACAAUCCACAAAAAGCAUCUGGCAGAACUAUUAACUUGGAGAGGUGUGCUGAGCAGAUUGCAACAUUGUGCUCCCUUCUGGGAGAAUAUCCAUUUGUCAGAUAUAGAAGUGAGUUUGAUCGCAACGCUGAGUUUGCUCAGAUGGUUCAGCAGAAGCUGGAUGCGUAUAGGGCUGAUGAUCACACCAUGGGCGAGGGUGUUAAUAAGGAUCGUUCAGUUUUGCUGAUACUUGACCGAGGGUUUGAUCCGAUUGCACCUCUGUUGCAUGAACUGACAUUGCAAGCUAUGGCAUAUGACCUCCUGCCCAUUGAAAAUGAUGUCUACAAAUAUGAAAAUACAAGUGGUAAUGAUGUCACCGAGAAGGAAGUGCUGUUGGAUGAGAAUGAUGAUCUGUGGAUUGAAUUGAGACACCAACAUAUUGCCGUUGUGUCUCAACAAGUAACGAAGAAGCUAAAACAGUUUGCAGAUGAAAAGAGGAUCUUUACCUCUUCUGAACGCACAAACAUGCGUGAUCUGUCACAGAUGUUGAAGAAGAUGCCACAGUACCAAAAGGAGCUAAGCAAGUAUGCAACUCAUUUGCACCUUGCCGAGGACUGCAUGCGACAGUACCAGAAGCACGUUGAUAAACUCUGCAAAGUGGAACAAGAUCUUGCUAUGGGGACUGAUGCUGAAGGUGAAAAAAUAAAAGAUCACAUGCGGAAUAUUGUGCCCAUUCUGUUGGAUCAAAACAUCACAGCAUAUGACAAGAUCCGUAUCAUACUACUGUACAUCAUUCACAAAGGAGGAAUCUCUGAAGAAAAUCUGGCAAAGCUGGUGCAACAUGCUACGAUUCCUAAUGAAGAGAAAUGUAUUAUAACAAACAUGCAGAAUUUGGGAGUGCCAAUCAUUCAAGAUGCAGAAGGAUCUACACCGCUGAAGCUGAACCCACUAAAUUUAGUUACAUUGUGUGGCGGGGGUCAUGGAAAAAACUAUAGUCGUCUGUUGCAAGACAGCUCUAGUUAUGGCACGUUUGCCCAGGGAGGUCGACGUAAGGCAGCUCAGCCAUACCAGCCGUUUAACCGCAAGGAGCGUGUGUCUGAGCACACAUACCAGAUGUCUCGAUAUGUCCCAUAUCUCAAAGAUAUCUUAGAGCUUGGAGUCAAUGAGAAUCUGAAUGCAAAUCAGUUCCCGUAUCUGUCUGGAGGUGCGUCUCGCGCGGCCUACAAUGCUGGAGCUCGCAGUGCUCGAUAUGGACAGUGGCACCAAGACAGGAGUGCAUCAAGAUACAAGAGUGGUCCCCGAUUGAUGGUGUUCAUUAUGGGCGGAAUGACCUACUCCGAGAUGAGAUGUGCUUAUGAAGUCACUCAGGCAGUGAAAAAUUGGGAAGUUCUCAUAGGUGCAACUCACGUUUUAACACCCGAGGGAUUCCUCAGUGAUCUCCGUGACCUCUCGAAUAUGCCAACUUAAACACUGAUUAACACUGGACGAAACAUUAUGGAUUUAAUUGAUAUUCUUCUUUCCUAUAUAGUACUAGAAGACGUAUACAGCACCAUACGGCAUUCAUUGUUAUUAAAUGAAUUGUGUAGGACAGAAAACUAAGCUAGUUAUUUGUGGCAUUCUCUAUAAUUAAUAGUCUUGGACAGUUUAGAUUGUUUAAUUUUACUUUAAUGAAUACUUCUUGCAUUAUGAUUUUGAUAAUAAUUAAAAUGUUUAGGUUUGAAAUGAAUAUUUAGUUUGAAAUGAAAUGCAAGGCAUAUAGCCUAAAUGAACUUAUUGCUGUGGUAUUUAAACAAUGAACCAAAUCUGUUCUGUACUAUUUUACCUCUUAAUUAACAUUACAAAAAGGUAUGUUGUCAAGAGAAGGCAUGAGUUGUUUUAUUACAUAGAAAUGAAUACCAGGCUGCCAAUUUAGCAGGAUUCUGUGUUUCUGUCAAUCCCAGAUUUUGGGUCGGAAGCAUAAGGUUAUGAGAUGGAAUCCCCAAAUAUCUAUAUUAAAUUAUGUUUAUGAUUGUGGCUGAAUUCUAAAAUAUAUGCCCAAAUUGAAUGCCUGAAUAUGUACUUUUAUUACAACUGAACAUUAAUAUAUAGACUAUAGUGCAAUUAUUUGUACUAGCUCUUUAAAAUGUAAACUGAAAUUAUUUGUGCACGACAUAAGUUGAUGUAUUUGAUGUAUAAUAUAAACCAGGGCCCCAUUUUACGAAGCAAUCUUAGCACUAAAAGCAUCUUAAGUCCAUGACUAUCUUAUGCACUUAAGGUGAUCUUAGCAUAUAGAUCACUUCGUAAAACGGAGUCCUGCUUCUAAUCCUGCUGGCGAAAUGUCCCUUUUUUCACCAAAAGUCUGCUUACGUUGCUGAGUUUUAGCAGUAGUGAGAAUUUAAUUUGCAGUUUGGACCCAAUCCUAUGUUAAGCACACAAUCCCACAACAGACGUCAAAACCAAUGACUUGUUUAGUGUCAUAGCUCACUUAAUAUAUUGUCUGUCUAUUGUUUUAUUUUGGCGUGAGAUUGUAUGUUGGUACUCAUGUCACGCCAUUUGCAAUAAUCAGUCCAGCAUCAUUCGGUUCUUGGCCAGAUCCAUUUCAGUAAUGCCAGAUUAUAUUAAAUAUUACUUUUAAGUUUAACACAACAAGAAUAUUAAUUAUCAGUUACUUGAUUUUAACUAUUGUGUUUUUAAUGAAAACAUUCAACUGUUUUGAUUAAAUUUUAUUACCAAAAAGAUUUUGAUAACGAAAUAUUACAAUUCGAACAGAGUGUAUAAUUAGGAACCUUUUUGAAUGAAUGCAGAACAUGACGAAACAAGCUGAAAUGUAUCGGUAAAUACCUAUUGUUAUCAAACUUCUUGAGUUUUUCCUAGGAAGGGACAGGCCAUUUCUCCUUUUUUCAGUUGUAAAUUAGAGUCUGAUAAACAACCAUUUGUUUGCAUUUUGAUGUAAACUGUGCUGUUAAUUGCUUACAUUCUAACAUUAAUAACAAAAUGUAGUUAUAUAGAGUAAUUAAAUUAAAUGUUUAACAUUCCAUGUCUUGUUUCAGGGACCAGUCCUUUGGUUUAUGUGCAAUAUUUUAUAUGUGAUCCAUUUUAUUUUUAUUGUGACAUCAGAAGAAGAAAAAAGUUUUUGUUUGUAAAUAUCUUCAUAUGACAUAUUAUGCAUGUCACUAUAACUUGUUGUUGUUAGUACCUAGUUCUGCAAAAGAAAGUGAGACAUGUAAAUGUGAGUUUGAAAUCAGGUGCCGACCUGCACACAUUAAACGUGUAAUCACAUGAAUGGGUGGCAAUCAGAUGAGUAUUCCAAUAUUUAACGUUGCAGAUCCUUCAUACAUGUAGGUGAAACAGUUAGUUCACCUUAAAAGUGAAAACAUGGCCCAAGCUCAGUUACUGAAUUGUUUUGUUGAAGGGCCACGCUACUCUUCAUCUUUGUCACCUGGUUGAAGGGUCACGCUACUCUUCAUCUUUGUCACCUGGUUGAAGGGUCACACUACUCUUCAUCUUUGUCACCUGGUUGAAGGGUCACACUACUCUUCAUCUUUGUCACCUGGUUGAAGGGUCACACUACUAUUCAUCCAGCUUGUGAACUGUGCUGAAACAGCACCAUGAGUAAGAUCUGUGUACAUUAGAAGUUGCAUGGCAUUAAACACGGGUGAGUAAUAAAAAUACACACACAUUUGGUUUUAAUAAAAAAAUUUAAAAAGGCAGGCUUUGUACUAGCUGAGUAUCCUCUAUCCCUUGUUUAUCAGAGAGGAUUUGCCUAGAGUGUUAUUUACUGUUGAAAACCGUUCAUUUGGAAAUUUCCAAGACCUAACUCGUCAUCAAGUACUAUAUCUAAAAUAUGCUAAUUCUGAUAUCACAAAACCUUAAUGUAAUCAUUUCUUGUUCAUUCGAGACUUGUUUUAACUAUAACUACGUACAAAUGCUAAAACUGGCUGACUAUAUGUAUCUGUGUAUCUUCAUGAUCCUGAAUAAAUUGCACCAUUGCAUGCAGGUAUAAGUUAGGGUUGAAUGUGUUGACUGCUAAUUGACUGAAGUCAGUCUAGCUCUAUCCUCAGAUAUAUACAGGUAAAGCUAGAGGACCCUCAUGCUAAUAAGUGAUGAUUUUCCAUUUCAAAUCUUGGCAUUUUCUCUUGUUUCAUUUUGGCAAAUUCUGUUGUGCUUUUUUACCAAUUUUCUAAAGUUUCCCAAUAAUGUCAUGAAAUUAUCUCAAACCAAUUAAUGGAAAUACCCGAAGUUUUAUUAAUACAAAAUUAUGUUGUUACAAUUUAUGAAAGAGUAAAAUAAAAAGACAAAAAACAUCAAAAUGGACAAUACCAAAAAUCAGUUUUGUUUUGUAAUCGGCACUAAAAUCAAAUUCAUAGCCUAUAUUUUUAUUUGAAGUUAAAAUUAUUUCACUAAAUGUUCAUAACUGGCACAAGUUCACAUAUGCUAAAUAGUUGUAAAAAUAUGUUGUAAGUACAAAAACAUUAUUAUACAUUAUAACUGUUUGAGCACAUUUUAAAAAUUGUAUGUUAAAACAUAAUAGUACCAAACAAUAAAACUUUUGAAUUCCAUUUCAAUUGGUGAACUUCAUGAUUCCAUCUGUUUUUCUGUGCUUGUUGUCCUAACAGUAUCAUAACAACAUGAGGGGCAAUCUAUAGAAUUGUUUUGGUCCAGACUUUAAUCUUAAAGUUACUUGGUUCUCUUAAAGCAUUUUUUUCUAAAACUUACUACUUUUUUCAGAUCUAGUGGUAUGAAAUUUAUUUCCCAAUGUAUAAUUAAGGAUUAUCUGUUAUUUCUUUACGUUCAUCUGGGUAUGAACAAAACAAAUCAUUCACAAACUGUGUGAAUCAGCGAAGCCGUACUCACAUACCCAGUAAGUUUGCAGAUGAUUGUUUUGCUUCAUACCCAGAUGAACAUAAAAGAAAUAACAGACAAUGCUUAUAAUUAAAUUUAAAACAUACUUACUAAUAAUUAAAAGUUCAUACUUUAUUUUGAAUUAUUUUUGGUCCAUAAACAAUAAUGCUCAACUAACCCAUAUAAAAUGACAUCAUCAGAUAUGACAUUCUCUGACGACAUAAUUUUUAUGUUCAUUGAGACAUGAACAAACUUCCAAUGCUACAACUGGACCAAUGGGAUGAUAUUUGUAAUGAAUGUAACAGAAAUGUAAUUACUCACCUACAAAGUCCAUAACUCAAAGCAUUCUAAUCUUAUCUGAAGAUAAGCAAAUUCUUACCGGUAUAUUCAUCAUCUAAAACGUACUUGAAAAAACUCAUAGAUCACACAGUCAUAUUAAGACACUGUCGACAUCAGGACAACCAAGUACACAUGACAUGUACAAAAAUGAACAUUCCAGGUGAAAAACAACCAGUAUUGUACAACAUGUUAAGAGUACCAUGUACCUUUAAUGUAAAGGUGUGUAGUGGUGAUCUUCAUUAAGCCUUGGUUAAACCUUUCAACACCACAUAACUGGUUAAAUCCUGCUGAAGCAAACUUCAAAAUUACGAAAAUGUAUAUACAUUUUGUAGAAUUAGUUAUCCCUUUAUUGGUAACCAGUUAAAAUCUCUUGUGAAGAUCUGGAUUCAGGAUUAAAUCAUUGUUUUAUUUGUCUUGGUGAUAAUCGGCUACUGGCUUAAAAUUACAAAUAUACACAGCAUGUUUUGUAGUAAGAAUAACAUACCGCUAAAUUCCAUAUAUUUACAAUUACAGUCUAGCUUUGUUGUGUCCCUCUUGCUGAGUGGAUAUUGGCUGAUCUGAGCCAAAACAUGUAUCAACUAUCUUAAUGUGUGAUAGACGUGAUUAACUGCUUGGAUUUGUUUUGUUUUGUUUUUAUUGCGAUACAUUUUUGUUUGUCUGUUAUGUGUAAAUCUUUCAGAUUUUUUACUUUUUCUCUAAAACUAUUUGACCAGUUCCAGCCUAAUUUUGUGAAAAGCUUCAACGGCACAUGGAGAAACAAAUUUGUGAAUAUGGCAAUUCACAAAUUUGUUGACCCAUUAAAAAACAGUGUCAUGAUUUAGGUAAUUCUGACUCCCUCAAAAACAGGUGCUGUGCACUAAAGAGUCUAGUAUAUGGAGUCAGUCAUUUUACUAUGGUGACCAUUUAGGCCCAUGAGCCUCGUUAUUACUAAUUAAUGCAAUUAUAUUUCUUGAAACUGCUUGUUUUUGUUUCUUUUUUAUUCAUGUUUGUUAUAAUUUAUUUAGUAAUUAUUUUAAAUUAUUGUUUAUUGCCAAUCAUUUUUAAUUCUACAGUGUAGAAAUAUUGGAAAUAAAAUAAUAACAUUAGCAUAUACAUUUGUUUGAUAGCACAUUAAUUACCAUUGUGUUAAAUUGUGUAUAUUUUAUUUCCAUCCUGCGCUUGUUUUUUAGUCAAUAUUAGUUAAUAUUCUGAUAUUCUUCAUGAUAUUGACACAACAGCUUUCAUCUGUAGUAAUAAAUAUAUGAAACAGUA